AAGACUAAAUUGGUAAAACUAGGGAAUAAUAGGAGAAUUUAGUCCAUGAUUAUUCGUAGGGAAGCUAGGUAGGUAGUUUUAUUUGAUUUGAUUUGAUGUCAGCCGCUCUGAAACACGCGACCGUUGGUUCCCGCCUGUUUUGCGUUCACUCAGCACAAACCAUUUGGCAUAAUUUCAAGUCACCCACUCACCAAACCCUUCACCUUCUCUUAGAGCGAUGUUCCUCCAUGAGAGAGCUCAAGCUCCUCCAUGCCCAGACUAUCCUCCAUGGCCUAUCUGGUCAAGUUCUCACUAUUGGCAAGCUUGUCUCUUUCUGCACUUCUCCCGAACUGGGGGAUCUCCGUUAUGCACAGCUUCUGUUCGACCAAAGUCCCCAACCUAAUAAGUUCAUGUACAAUCAUCUCAUCAAGGGUUAUUCAAAUAGCGAUGACCCAAUAAGGUCUUUGUUACUUUACCGCCAAAUGGUAAAUGCUGGGAUUUCCCCUAAUGAGUUUACCAUCCCCUUUGUUGUCAAAACUUGUGCUUGCAAAUCCUUAUAUUGGGAAGCUGUUAUUCUUCAUGCUCACGCUAUUAAGCUUGGGAUGGGGUCUCACGCUUGUGUGCAGAACGCUUUCUUGAGUGCCUAUGUUGCUUGUCGCCUUAUAAAUAGUGCACGGAAAGUGUUUGAUGAUAUUUCUGAUAGGACCCUGGUCUCAUGGAAUUCAAUCAUUGGUGGGUAUGCUAAGCUGGGGUUUUGCAAAGAAGCCAUCUUGUUGUUUCGAGAGAUGCAAAAGUUGGAUGUGGCGCCUGAUGUGAUCACCCUGGUUUGCUUGCUCUCUGUUUCCUCGAAGCAUGGUAAUUUGGAGUUGGGAAGAUUCAUGCAUCUUUACAUAAUCGCUACCGGAAUUGCAAUUGAUUCAAUUGUGACGAAUGCCCUCAUUGAUAUGUAUGCCAAGUGCGGGCAUUUGCAAUAUGCCGAACGUGUUUUCGAUCAAAUGCUUGAUAAGAAUGUCGUUUCAUGGACUUGUAUGGUUAAUGCAUAUGCUAACUAUGGGCUUGUUGAUUAUGCUUUGGAGAUGUUUAAUAGGAUGCCAGUGAAAAAUGUGGUUUCUUGGAAUUCAAUAAUUUGCUGUCAUGUUCAAGAAGGGAAAUACAUGGAAGCCGUGGAACUUUUCCACACAAUGUGUAGUUCAGGUGUGAUGCCAGAUGAAACCACUCUUGUUAGCAUUCUUUCAUCCUGCAGUCACAUGGGUGAUUUGGAAUUGGGGAAACAAGCUCACAAUUACAUCUGUAACAAUAAAAUUACACUAAGUGUGACCCUUUGUAACGCCCUAAUUGACAUGUAUGCUAAAUGUGGUGCCCUUCAGACUGCCAUGGACAUCUUCUUUGGGAUGCCAAAGAAGAAUGUGGUGUCAUGGAAUGUUGCUAUUGGGGCACUUGCUCUGCAUGGUUUUGGAGAAGAAGCUAUUGACAUGUUCGAGAAGAUGCAAGGAAGCGGGCUAUUUCCUGAUGAGAUUACCUUCACAGGGCUACUUUCUGCUUGUAGUCACACUGGUCUUUUGGACAAGGGGAGAUAUUACUUUGACAUAAUGAGUUCCAAGUUCGGGAUUUCUCCUGGUGUUACACAUUAUGCAUGCAUGGUCAAUCUUUUAGGGCGCGGCGGGCUCUUGGGAGAAGCGAUGGCCCUAAUCAAAGGGAUGCCCAUGAAACCUGAUGUGGUGGUUUGGGGUGCUUUGCUUGGUGCUUGUAGAACCCAUGGAAAUCUAGAGAUUGGUAAGCAAAUCAUGAAGCAAUUGUUGGAGUUGGGAAGAUAUAAUUCUGGGCUUUAUGUGCUUCUCUCAAACAUGUAUUCAGAAUCUCAAAGAUGGGACGACAUGAGAAAGAUCAGGAAAAUAAUGGAUGAAUGUGGGAUAAAAAAGUGUUGGGCAAUAAGUUCCAUUGAAAUCAAUGGCUUUUGCUAACAGUAUAUACUAAUGCUUUUGAUCAAUAAACAGAUCAUGUAAAGUUUGUAGGAUAUCUAUGCAAA